AUGGACUUGUCGCAUGUGCAUCCUGGACCAGCCGCGGAUCAGGUAUUAGUGUUACAGGGCGAGCAUAGGUCCUCCUAUAUAUGGGAGGGACAUCUAUUGGAUCGGACUCUCCAUGCCAGGAGAUCGGACGACUUGUGGGAAUUUUUGAAGGGGAGAGUUUUCCAUGCCCGCAUAGUCUAUCGCCUGCGUGCUACGGGCUUCCUUAGAAUUUUUGAGAUUGGGCGGAUGCAGCUCAACUGGUCUCUCAUCACGGCGUUGAUAGAGCAGUGGCGACCGGAAACGCACACUUUUCACCUGCCCACUAGAGAGGCCACCAUCACACUUCAGGAUGUUCCAGGUUUUGUAUGGGCUGCGUGUAGACGGACUGGCCGUUGCACUGCCCCAGGUGAGGCUGCACUUAGAGGGGGCAGUCGCAUUUCUGUGACAGCUAUCAGAGAGCAUAUGGAGGUAUUGCACCUCGUUAUUACCGGCAAAACAGAGGAUAUCCUUAUUGACCGGUACACGAUAUUGGCAUUGUUCCUUCUUUUUGGGGGUGUCUUGUUACCGAACACUUUGGGAAAUCUAGUGAGUAUGCGCUUUCUGCUUCAUCUGCAGCAGCUAGAUGAGUUACCCCAGUACAACUGGGGUGCUGCUGUUCUAGCAUACCUGUAUAGGAGUAUGUGUGGGGCGAGCAUGGGCACCCAGGUUUGGGCCUGGCAGCAGAUUUUGCCGUUGCAGCCACCUCUACCACCACUAGAGCCAGGUGUAUCACCUCCGUUUCUCCCUCUAGCUACGAG